AUGAAGCGGCUCGAAGAGCUGUCGCACUCCUUCGCCGCCAAGCACGCAGCGCUCGGCGCGACGUCCGGGCUGCUCAUGUCGUUCGUGCACGUGAUGCAGCUCCACUCGGCCGACGCCCUCUGGCAGACGCUCAAGGACACCGAGUGGCUGAGGACGAAACAGGCGCUCCGUCCUUUCCCAGAGUCGAGCUCCGUCAACACGCGCCUCCUCCUCACGCGCCACGAGCGGCCGGCGGCGGCAGAGGCGCCGCCGCUGCCGCCGUACGCGACGCACCCCGGCGCCGCACCCGUCGCGGAGGAGGGCGGCGGCGGCGGCUUGACCUUUGCGCGGGAGAUGCACGUCCUCUUCUCCCCGCGGCUGCCGCACUCGUCGUGCCGCUUCGAGGUGCGGGCGGAGGGCGUGGUCGGGGUGGGCUGA